AUGUCAGGUUACUUUGUUCCUGAAGAAAUCAUUCAUGAAAUUCUGCUGCGGUUGCCAGCCAAAUCUUUAGUGAGAUUCAGCACCGUGUGCAAGUCAUGGAGCUCUAUGAUCACACGCUCCAGUUUCAUUGACACCCAUCUCAAGCGCAGAGGUCAAUACAACAAGCAAAACGGCAUCGUUCACCUUCUACUAUGCGAGCACUUCACUGCGAGAAGUUGCACGUCGUAUGUGAUGAAAGACGACCCUGCAAUAUUGACCGGAGAUGAGUGCUAUACCAAGUUUACAUAUCCUUCAAUAUUCAAACAUUCAUAUGCGAGUCUGAUCGGAACUUGUAACGGUCUCAUAUGUCUUACAGAUCACCAUUCGCCCAGGACGACUUCCAAAGUUUCCACAAUAAUUUGGAACCCUUCAAUCAGAAAGAUUGUGAUUUUGCCUAGGCCUAGUAUCAAGUCUCCAACAAUUUGUAUGCAAACUCAUCAUGCUUUUGGUUUUGGCUAUGAUGCUCAGAGCAACGAUUAUAAGGUUUUAAGAAUUCUAAAGUCUGAGGAUGAAAGAUUGGUGACAAAACUACGUGAGGUUGAGGUUUACUCAUUAGCCCGUAAUACUUGGAAGCGUCUCAGUUGUGAUACUUUUCCGGCUUGCUUGAAAUCUGUUAGAUGGUGUACAGGUAAAUACGUUUUUGUCAACAAUGCUCUACAUUGGGCUCAAUACCGGGAUUCCGAGAUGGAAAAGUACAUCAUUGUGUCGUUUGAUAUGGCCGGAGAAUUAUUUAGUGAGAUAGAGAUGCCGGAAGCUUUGUCGAAUGAACCCAAGAACCUGAUUUUAGUAGCAAGAUAUGGAGAGUCCCUUGCCUUGAUUGAUGUUAAGAGCGGUUUUGACAUAUGGGUCAUGAAAGAGUAUGGUGUGGUGCAAUCUUGGACUAAAAUAGCAAGGAUAUCGUGUGAAAAGUUUCGUUCUCUUUCACUUUUUGAUUGUAAAAGCUGCGGCGAAUUGGUGUUCGGAAUAAUAGAAGAAACAACAACUGGUCGUGGAGGGUUACGCAGGGUGAAUUAUCAGACCAACCAAGUUGAAAAAUUUAGAAUAGAUGUAGAAAAGUACAAGGGGAUCGAUUCGUUUGUAGAUAGCAUAGUCUUACUAGAUCAAAUCAAUGCUAUAUAUUCCUUGCAAUCGUAA